UUUCCACGCCGAGAGAAAAAUCCACUGAUAGUUGGUGCUGACGGUCGGCUGGCUAGACGUCAAACGAAAAUCCCGAGGUGAGCAGCGGACAGAAAAAUACCUUUUGCCACAAAAUUUUCCAAUUUUCUCGCAUUCGGUGCCCGUUUUCCGUUUCGAAUAAAAUUGUGAAUCCGUACUACUGACCGCAGGGCAAGAUGCUUCGUGCGCCGUUGACCAGGGCACUGGUGGUUGGGGUGCGCUGCCCCGCCACGCAAACCGCCGUCCGUACCACGGCCACGACUCCGGCCAAAGCCCCGGAGAAGAUCGAAGUGUUUGUCGACGAUGUGCCGGUGAUGGUCGAGCCGGGAACCACGGUGCUGCAGGCUGCAGCUGCAGUGGGUGUCGAAAUUCCGCGCUUCUGCUACCAUGAGCGGCUGGCCGUGGCCGGAAAUUGUCGUAUGUGCUUGGUGGAGGUGGAAAAGUCGCCAAAGCCGGUGGCCGCUUGUGCUAUGCCUGUGAUGAAGGGAUGGCGCAUCAAGACCAACUCGGAGAUGACCCGCAAGGCUCGCGAGGGUGUGAUGGAGUUCUUGCUGAUGAACCACCCGCUGGAUUGCCCCAUUUGUGACCAGGGAGGCGAGUGUGAUCUGCAGGAUCAGGCCAUGGCCUUCGGAUCGGAUCGGUCUCGGUUCACCGAUAUCGACCACAGUGGAAAGCGUGCCGUUGAGGACAAGGACAUUGGCCCAUUGGUGAAGACCAUCAUGACCCGGUGCAUCCACUGUACCAGAUGUAUCCGAUUUGCCUCGGAAGUGGCCGGAGUCGAUGAUCUGGGAACGACUGGGCGUGGUAACGACAUGCAGAUCGGCACGUACGUCGAGAAGUUCUUCCUGUCGGAGCUGUCCGGAAACGUUAUUGAUUUGUGUCCGGUCGGAGCUUUGACUAACAAACCGUACAGCUUCGUGGCUCGCCCGUGGGAAAUCCGCAAGGUCGAGUCCAUUGAUGUGUUGGACGCUGUCGGAAGCAACAUCAUUGUUAGCACCCGUACCGGAGAAGUUCUCCGAAUCUUGCCUCGCGAAAACGAGGAAAUCAAUGAGGAAUGGCUAUCGGACAAGUCCCGCUUCGCCUGCGACGGUUUGAAGCGCCAGCGUUUGAUUGCUCCGAUGUUGCGUAAUCCCAGUGGCGAGCUGGAAGCCGUCGAAUGGGAAUCGGCUCUGAUCACAAUCGCUCAAGCCCUCCGUGGUGCCCCUAAGGGCAAGAUCGCCGCCGUGGCCGGAGGAUUGGCCGAUGCUGAAUCCCUUGUCGCUCUCAAGGACCUCCUGAACCGUUUGGGAUCGGAAACACUCUGCACCGAGCAGAAGUUCCCCACCGAUGGGUCGGGAACGGAUUUCCGCUCCAGCUACCUGCUGAAUUCGUCGAUUGCCGCUUGCGAGGAAGCCGAUCUGGUCCUGCUGGUCGGAACCAAUCCCAGAUAUGAGGCUCCGCUAUUGAACACCCGCCUGCGCAAGGGAUACGUCCAUAAUGAACAGAACAUCGCGAUGAUUGGACCCAAGGUCAACCUGUCCUAUGAAUAUGAGCAUCUUGGAAGCGAUCCCUCUCUGGUCCGGGACAUCGCCAGCGGUAACCAUCCGUUUGCCAAGAAACUGAAGGCCGCCAAGAAGCCGUUGAUCAUCGUCGGCGCCAACCAGCUGGCCCGCAAGGACGGCUCCGCGUUCGUAACCGCCCUGCACGUCUUUGCCAACUCGCUCCAGCCGGCUGAUCCCAACUGGAAGGUCUGGAACGUGCUGCAAACCACCGCAGCUCAAACAGCCGCCCUCGAUGUCGGUUACUCGGCCGGCGUAGAUUCCGCGUUGGCUUCCGAUCCGAAGGUCCUGUUCCUGCUCGGUGCCGACGCCGGAGCCAUCAAGAAGGAGCAGCUGCCGAAGGAUUGCUUCGUCAUCUACCAGGGACACCACGGCGACGCCGGAGCGGAAAUGGCCCACGCCAUCCUGCCCGGAGCUGCCUACACCGAGAAGCAGGGCACCUACGUCAACACGGAAGGUCGAGCUCAGCAAACGCUGGUUGCGGUCACUCCUCCAGGGCUGGCCCGCGAGGACUGGAAGAUCCUGCGUGCCCUGUCGGAAAUUGCCGGAGCGCCGUUGCCGUACGACACCCUGGAUGAGCUGCGUUCCCGCAUGGAGGACAUCGCCCCGCAUCUGGUCCGCUACGGACGUCUCGAGAAGGCCAACUUCUUCAAUGCCGCUGGGGAGAUGCUGAGGAACGCCGCCGUGCACUUCGAUGGCAGCAAGGUGGACGUCAGCCAGAAGCAGCUGGCGGACUUCUUCAUGACCGAUCCGAUCACGCGAGCUUCGCCCACGAUGGCCAAAUGUGUCACGGCGGCCAAGAAACAGGGCGCUAAGGCGGCAAAUUAAAAGAACUUUGUUUUGUCAGUUAAUGUUGCACUUUAACACUAUACUAUAUACUAUAAUGUAGACAACAUCUUGUAAUGGAAUGGUGCGAUUUUUGUAUCGACGUAAAACUCGAUUUUUCGGAAGCGCUGGACUGAUAUCAACGCUAUUUAGGCACGGAACUAAAUAUUGUAAAUUUUAUUCAACGUUAAAAACACGAGUUACGAUAAUCCAGUAACCAGUCUUGAGCACCAGAUUACAUAAGCUAAUAAAGAUUGAGAAAUCGAA